GCGCUGCGUCCACGGCCAGCCCACGGGCCCGAUGGAAGUACCUCGAUAGGUUCCUGACUCGCAAGGGGCCUUUUACAGAUGAGGAUAGUUUCAUGGCCGGCGAGCAAGUCAUUGAGUAUCUGAGUAAUUUGAAAGUUCUCGUCAUUGGAGCUGGCGGUCUAGGCUGCGAGAUUCUCAAGAACCUUGCCCUCUCCGGGUUCAAGGACAUUCACGUAAUCGACAUGGACACGAUUGACGUCAGCAACCUGAACCGCCAAUUCCUGUUCCGAGCCUCAGACGUGGGAAAGUACAAAGCCGAAACCGCCGCGGCAUUUGUAGAAAAGCGUGUCAAGGGCGUCAAAAUCACGCCUUACUGCGGCAAGAUCCAGGACAAGGAUGAAGCGUACUACAUGCAAUUUGGCCUCAUUGUUUGCGGCCUCGACUCCAUCGAAGCAAGACGCUGGAUCAACGCGACGCUUGUAGGGAUGGUAGAUGAGAAUGAUCCGGAUUCGAUGAAGCCAUUGAUCGAUGGCGGUACAGAAGGCUUCAAAGGACAGGCGCGUGUCAUCUUCCCCACCAUGACCUCGUGCAUCGAAUGCCAAUUAGACAUGCACGCGCCCCGUGCGGCAGUGCCUCUCUGCACACUCGCCACGAUCCCACGACAACCCCAGCAUUGCAUUGAGUGGGCACACAUCAUCGCGUGGGAGGAAGAGCGCAAGGACAUGACCCUCGACACGGACGACCCAGAGCACAUUACCUGGCUCUUCAACAAAGCCACCGCCCGGGCCAAGGAGUUCAAUAUUGAAGGCGUAACAUACAGCAUGACGCAAGGCGUGGUCAAGAACAUCAUCCCGGCCAUUGCCAGCACCAACGCCAUUGUCGCCGCAAGCUGCUGCAAUGAGGCGUUCAAAAUCGCCACAAACAGCAAUCCCUUCCUGGGAUACCCCGGCAUGGACAACUACAUGAUGUAUACGGGCGACGACUCUGUAUAUACGUAUACGUUUGAGCACCAGAAAAAAGACGACUGUCCGGUCUGCGGCGCGGGCAACAUUGCGCGCCCGCUUCAGAUUCUGCCGGGCAUUACACUGCAGGAGUUUAUCGAGGGGCUGGCCGAGCGCCCAGAAGCACAGCUCAAGAAGCCCUCGAUUCGUACUGGGGAAAAGUCGCUCUACAUGCAGCUUGCGGGGCUGGAGGAGCAGACGCGACCCAACCUGGAGAAGAAGAUGGCGGAUUUGGUCGAGGAGGGCGAGGAGCUGCUCAUUACCGACAAGAGUUUUCCGACGCAGUUCAAGUACAAGGUGGUGUGGGCGUCGAAAUAGGCUUUGAUAUGAGCUCAGGCGCGAAGUGAGAUGCAGUGCUGGAACGACUGCGCUACAUAUAUAGCCCAUGAA